CUCACUAUAAACUCUAAUAACGCCAUGACUGCCAUUAGCUCAUUCGUCAUAGGUUCUAGUCACCCAGCAGCAGAGGCUCAAACGGUUAAAAACAACAAACCUUCAUUCUGUGUGUGAGCUGAGGACGACAGACAGGUUCUCCUUUGUGCUUCAAGCUGAGGAUCUCUGCGGUAGAGAUGUUGAACAGACCACUAGCAGGAACAGGUGAAGAGGUGGGACCCCAGGGGUCCAUCAGGGUGAACGUGGAGCUGCAGCACAAGCUGGGAGAGAAGACCGAGGCACGGCUGCAGGAGAAGGGGGCACGGUGUAUCGAAGAGGUCACCAUUAGAGAGCAUUACUACGACACAGAGAGCUUCCACCUGGCUUCUCAGCAGACCUGGCUAAGCAAACAGGGCAGUCAGUGGAGAAUGAUCAUAGGUAACAAUCCAUACUCUUCCAACAAUAUGCCACCAGAGAGUCAGGCUGCUGGCUCUGGAUGUCCCUCUACAGUCUGGGGAGAGAAGCUAUGUGUGGAUAGAGAUGAAACAGAAGGGCCAAAGGGCUGUGAGGACAACCCCCUUUCUAUUCCAGAGAUAGGACAGAUCCAGGGCCAGCCCUGUCCUCCUACACCCCAGUACAGGGAGCUGACUGGCCACACUCCCAUCAUCCAGCACCUGGCUCACCUCUUAGGGGUCCCAGUGAGAGAUCAGGAGAGCUUCAGCAGCACUGAGGCCAUGAAGGCCUUCCUGGAGCUGGCAGGGAUCCAGAGUUAUGGAAGCUGGACAAGGGCCAGGAGGAUGGAGUACAAGCUGCCUGGUGAUGACUGCACACUGGUGGUGCAGAAGAACCACAGCGUGGGAGGAUCUGCAAACAAUGAAACUGCACUGGUGUCCAUGAGGGCAGACAUUUUACAUAUUGGCCAUGAACUGGAGAAGAUGGAAAAAGUGGCUGCAGAGCUUGACCUAAGGCCCUUAUCUCCCAACUGACCAUGUUACAAGCUACUGUGUAUCGGUUAUCUAAGCGUUUCAAACAGAAGUUCAUGGCAAGAGGACAAUUGACCCAAAUUAUUAAAUGUUUAUCUAGGUUGGUGUCUAAUCCAUUUUACAGUUCAGGUUGUUAUUUUCACCGUAUGCAAGCCAUCAUGUGGAUGUUGUUAGUAGGCCCACCUACGAAUGAUAACAGCAUGCACAAGAUGAUCAACGUGUUGCAUGAUGCACUUGCUAUUGUGUUGCGCGAGAAAUCAUUAUCGCAAUGCCUGUGGAUAAACAAAAAGUCAGUAGCUAGGUUUACAUCCAAUUUGCAACAGAUUUUCAUGCGAAUAUUCUAAAAUCUACAUAAAAUAAAAUAUUUUUCCAAUAGAGAUGUUUCCAUCAAACUGACUUAUCGUGGACAAACGUCUGUGCAUGAUGACAUAGGUCACAUAAAAAUACCUUUUGAGGUUGCAUUUCCUAUGUAGUAAUGAAAAAUAAGUUAAAUGGGUUCCGAUCGCAUUUUCAACACAAGAUGGGUUUUGUCACAAACUGUCGUUAUUGGGCAAACGUGCCCACUCUGGCCUUGGCACGUGCGCUCUAGCCAACACCUUACAGAUACAGUACGGGUAGGUUACCUACAUUUAAAGGAGCAUCAAACAUAUCAAGUGCACUUUCACCACCCUGUGAGUUUGUUAUGUUCUGUUAAUUACUCCCAUUUAAGAGCGGAGCGCCCUUGGUCAUGCGCAGUCUUUUGCUCUGUUAUUCUAGUCCUAACUAGUUUUAGUCAUUUUGAAGCUACAGUUCAUUUUCUUGUAUUCGGAGUCUUUCUUGUUAUAUAAAUUAGUAAUAAGAGCUAAGACACUACAACGUUAAUAACAUUUCAUGUGUAGCCUAAUAAACUGCUUGGCUUCCCGAGUCGUAUUGGGAGGACCACAACAUUGCGUGACUCCAAGUUUAUUUCGAUAUGGUUAUUCUAUAAAUAUGAGCAUAAAGUUGUUUCCACUGUAAUUUCUCGCAAAUUCAUUUUACCGACACAAAAAGAUCCCACCAUGUCGAACGAACAAAUUGUGUCACUACCAUCAGCCAGGUAAUGACUUUUCAUGCAUCAGGUAAUUCAUCCUCAUGAAAUGUUUGGAUGGAAACCUUGGCUAGUGAAAGACUGCUUGAAUUCAGUAAAAAAAUAAAAAAAUGUUCUAGUUGUCAUAAAAAAAAAAAAAUGCUUUGGUAAUGUAGCUAGUGUUUGUGUGCAACAUCUACAAUUUUUUAAAUAAAAUGUUAUGUCACAUGUGCCAAAUACAACUGGUGUAGAAAAUACAUUGUAAGAAGAAUAAAAUAAAAUACACAAGAAUGGGAGUUAUAUUCAGGGAGUACCAGUACCAUAUCAAUCUGCAGAGGUACGAGGUAGUUGAGGUAGAUAUGUACUCGAAGGCAGGGUAAAGUGACUAUACAUCAGGA